GCCUGGAGCCGGGAGCGCUCGGAAGCUACGCGGCCCCAGACGGCGUCGCUGCUUCCAGCGGGGCCCGCGCGGCUCGCUGAGGUUUCACACUGAAAAGCCAGGGGCUGUAUCGGAGGAACUGUUCUGAGCAGUCUCAUCUGUACCUGGACCUGAUGGUGCCUGGCCCCAUCUCCAAACCCUGCCUCCGGACGGGCAGUGUAGAAACAAUAUGACCAGGACCCAGAAUGGCAAGAUCCCUCUCUUGCAUCAGCCACUCCCCCCACAGCUGGGAUGGGGCACGCUUUUCUGCAACUCAAAACUGAAAGGCAAGGAGUGUGCCUCUGUCUCGUGUGCGCCUCCAACCUUCCGCUUCAGCCCACAGCACUACACACAUCUCAAGAACCAGUAUCUGAAAAAGGCUGCUGCCAACCUCACCUUCUCGCAGGAGGUCGUGUGGCAGCGAGGGCUGCCCAGCAUCCCUUACAGCCAGUACAGCUUUGACCACCUCUACAACACAGACAACAUCAUCCAGCACCCCCAGCUCAGAAAGGCCCGACCUGAGAAAACUGUCCCUCAGCAUGGUCCCUCAGUGGGGGACACUUUCCAGGGCAAGAAGAAAGACAGCUCUGCCAAUCCCGAAAAGAAGCUGAAGAAGUCAAAGCCGGCGAGCAUAGUCCAGGAAGCACCUCGACCUCUCACCCAGCAGCCUCCCUCUCCAGACAUAAUCCUGGAGGAGAGGGAAGCCUGGCUCCCGCCCGCUGAGAAGGUUGCCAGGGCCUGGGAGGCUGUCGUGCUGGGGAAGCUGAACAAGCGCACGGCCCGAUGGAUCCAGAGCAAGCGUCCUUUGAGGCCUGGGGAGUCUCCUGGCAAGUGGCAGAGCUUCUUGCGCCAGCAGUACGACUGGAGCCACAUCCGAGAUGAGCUCACCUCUGCCAGUGACCUGGAGCUCCUGCAGCAGCUGGAGGAGGAAGAGACAGCGGAGUUUGAGGCGGAUCAGAAUGUCAGCGUGCACCCCCAGGAAACAAAGAAGCAGGAGCUGCCACUUCCUGUUUACUACAGAUUGUGCAGUUACUCCCCACAAGAACAGACGGAUGAGAUCACACCCAGCAACAAUAAGACUGCUCAGGAUAUCAAGGCAAAGAGAAACAUCUGCCAACCCCAGAAUGAGAGCUACUUCCGACAAGUGAACCCCAGAGCUGGAAAGUUUACUUACUCCACAGACAACACGUUUGAACAGGAGACUCUCCUUGAUGAAGUCCAGAUCGUCCACAAGAUUGGGGCAAAAAAAGACCAGAUUUUCCUGGAAAACCUGAAUCAGUACAAUAAGCAGCUAGCUAAGGUCUUCCCUGAAACCCCAGAAAUGUGGAGUUGCCAGCCAGUUCCUGAAGCACCUUGUAGGCCUGUGAAAGGAGCCCUGCGCUGGACUGCCUUGCCAACCCCGGCCAAGGAUGUGCUGCUGCAGGUGGGUGAGGACGUGCCCGUUCAGACCAGGAGAUCGAAGAAGCAGGCAAGAUCAUCGAGGGUGGAUGUGAGCUGGGAGCUGAUCGCUCUGCAGAGGAUGCUGCAGGAAUGGAAGACUGCCUGGUCUAUAAUCGUCGAGUGGCACCAUGAGACAGUGGAGAGCUUGCUGAGGAGCUUGACAGACAUGCAUGAUGACAUUCGGAUCCAAGCCAUUGCCACAUGUGCCACAGCUGCUUUGGAACAGCCCUGGAUUGUCACCAGUCAUGGGGACACAGACGAGAACAAGACUACGAAAGUCCCAACCAUCCAGGACUUGCCAGAGGUUCUACAGCCCUGGCUGGAAGCUGCUCUUUGUGACAAGAAUGCCAAUGUGCGGAUGGCAGCAGCAAUAUGCCAGUAUGCCAUACGAUCACAUAAUCCUCUUGCCCAGAACAUCAUGCAGACUGCCCUUCUGAAGGGUAAUACUGUGGAUAGCUGGGCUGCUGCUCAGUGCUUGGCUGUGGAAGGUGCUGCCACUUACCGCGUGAUAAAGAGGAUCCUCCACCAGCUGUUUUACAAGAAGAAUGAGGACACUGAGGAACAGGCUUGCAUCCUCCUGAGCCAUCUCAGUGAGAAGACAACCCUGAUACACACCAUGCUUGCUGUGGAACUCAAUAGCCCCCAGUGGAAGGACCGGAUUGUGGCCUGCCGGGCGUUCUCUCGGAUCAGUGGAAACGUUUGCUUAGAUAUGAAGUGCAAGUUGAUCCAGCUGAUGUGGAAAGAUUGGAAUAAGGAAGUGAGGCAAGCAGCUGCUCAGGCACUGGGACAAAUGAGCCUUGGGAAAGAGCUGCAUGAUGCAAUCAGAGUCAAGCUGGGCCAAGGGAAUUCUCAGGAGCGCGUGGAGGCCCUCUCCCUGGUAGCUGGGCUCAGGCUCAUGACCGCCAAGCUCCUACCCAGCUUCCUGAACUGCUUCUCUGACAACUUCAUAGCAGUGCGGCAGGCGGCCUGUUUGGCGGCUGGUGCCCUGCAGAUCCGCAAUAAGAUGGUGCUGGACUGCCUCUUGAAUCUGAUGCAAAGAGAUCCUUACUGGAAAAUCAAGGCCUUUGCCAUUCGAGCUCUGGGACAGAUCGGGCAAGUGAGUCCCCAGCUGACAGAUCUCCUGCUCUGGGCUAUCCACUAUGAAGAGUCACCAGGUGUGCGACUGGAAGCUUGCCGUAGCAUCCUGGCCCUCAAACUCCGAGGGGAUCGGGUUAGGGACACUUUCCUAGAUGUGCUGCUCCUGGAGAACCACGAGGCUGUUCUAAGGGAAAUUUACCAAGCAAUGAAGAUACUCAACUUAGAAAACGAAGGCAAUCAGGAAAUGCUUCAGGAGAUCAAGAACAGGAUUAAAACAUUAAGCCAAAAAGACUUGGUGACACAAAAAAUACUCAAAAUUGAGAUGGUCAUAGGAAAAGUGAAGGAAGAAGCAAAACGUGUUUACUCACAACCCCAAGAGGGGCAAAAACCGUUGGAACUUCAUACUUUUCUCCAAGAAGCUUUUCAGGAUGAGCCGGUUUUUCCUAGAAGGCAGUCUGAGUUCUGUGACGUGGAUGCAGUCAUAAAGCCUGUGAAGCCCCACACGCCAAGUCCCUGGCUACAAAGUCCAGUCCUACGCCUCAACACAAGAAACAGAAAUAGCUCAUCAUUUGUCAAGAAUCUUCACACCAACUGGGAAAAUACGAUUGAUGUGGAGCCAUUUGGAUCUGACAACUCAGCUUUCUAUGAGUAAAUACUCAGAUUUUUUUUUUCCCCCAGCAUCAUGCCUGCUCCCUCUGGAAAAAAAGGAGCUCACAUCUGGGCUGCUGGAUGUGUCUCUUGCUCCAAGACACAGACAGCUGUGGAUGUGGUCAAAUUUCGUCUCAUUAAAUGA